AUGGCAAACCAAUAUCCUGGCGGUUAUGACAACGGCCACCCACUCAAUGACAUACCGCCCACAAAUGCUUACAGGCGAACGGAACAGCAUUCAGACGACGAAGCAGAGCAUUCCUUACUGCACCAGAACGCCGCCUAUCAACCCCAGUUUGACGACCCCCAUUCUCGCCCAUUGACCCCAGGACAAGAGUCGAUCUAUACUCUGAACGAGACGUACGAAGGCGGAGACAAAUCAAAAGUCCCGGUUACAGGGUACAACCCUCAACACACUCAGGCCUAUGGGCGUGAUGGGGGCUACGGUUUGAGCAACACGCAGGCCGGGUUCCCGACUCCUGGGUAUCCUGACCCAACCGAGAGAAGUGCCUCGACCGAAGCAUGGCAACAAAGACAGGCUCCCGGUUUCGGCUCAGUCAAACGCUACGCCACCAGAAAAGUCAAGGUGGUCAACAGUGUCCUGAGUAUUGACUAUCCAGUGCCCAGUGCCAUCCAAAAUGCCAUUCAGGCCAAAUACCGGACCGACCUGGAAGGGGGCAGCGAGGAGUUCACCCACAUGCGCUACACGGCCGCGACCUGUGACCCCGAUGAUUUCACCCUGAAAAAUGGCUACAACCUGCGCCCCGCCAUGUACAACCGUCACACUGAGCUUCUCAUCGCCAUUACGGCCUACAACGAGGACAAGGUCUUGACUGCCCGCACAUUACACGGCGUGAUGCAGAAUAUCCGUGACAUUGUCAACUUGAAGAAAUCCGAGUUCUGGAACAAGGGCGGACCUGCCUGGCAGAAGAUUGUCGUGUGUCUUGUUUUCGACGGAAUCGAUCCUUGUGACAAGAAUACGUUGGACGUUCUUGCCACUGUCGGUGUGUACCAAGACGGGGUCAUGAAGAAGGACGUUGAUGGCAAGGAGACCGUGGUUCAUAUCUUCGAAUACACUACCCAGCUCUCGGUGACGGCGAAUCAGCAGCUAAUUCGACCCAACGACAAUGACCCCACCUCACUCCCUCCAGUGCAGAUGAUGUUCUGCCUGAAGCAAAAGAACAGCAAGAAGAUUAACUCCCACCGAUGGCUGUUCAACGCAUUUGGUCGCAUCCUGAACCCCGAGAUUUGCAUUCUCCUCGAUGCCGGCACAAAGCCCGGUUCAAAGGCUAUCAUGGCUCUGUGGGAAGCUUUCUACAAUGACAAGGACCUCGGAGGCGCUUGCGGUGAGAUUCAUGCCAUGUUGGGUCGCGGAGGAGUCUUCGGCCGGAAGCUCCUGAAUCCCCUGGUCGCCGCGCAAAACUUCGAGUACAAGAUCAGUAACAUCCUGGAUAAGCCGUUGGAGAGCUCCUUCGGCUAUGUCAGUGUGUUGCCCGGUGCUUUCUCAGCGUACCGCUUCCGCGCGAUCAUGGGUCGUCCUCUGGAGCAGUAUUUCCAUGGUGAUCACACCCUUUCGAAACGACUUGGUAAGAAGGGUAUCGAAGGAAUGAACAUUUUCAAGAAGAACAUGUUCUUGGCCGAGGAUCGUAUCUUGUGUUUUGAGUUGGUCGCGAAAGCAGGCUCAAAAUGGCACCUUACCUACGUCAAGGCCUCGAAAGCCGAAACCGAUGUGCCCGAAGGUGCCGCGGAAUUUAUUGGUCAACGUCGACGUUGGCUCAACGGGUCCUUUGCCGCCUCCAUCUAUUCCCUCAUGCACUUCUCCCGCAUGUACAAAUCCGGCCACAACAUCAUCCGAAUGAUCUUCUUUCACAUCCAAAUGUUAUACAACAUCGCCUCGGUUGUCCUUUCCUGGUUUUCACUCGCGGCAUUCUGGCUGACCACCAAAAUUCUCAUGGAUCUAGUCGGUCAGCCCAGCAGCAACAACAACAACCAUGCUUUCCCGUUCGGCAACAGUGCGACCCCGAUCAUCAACACGGUCCUACAGUACACUUACCUGGCUUUCCUUCUUCUGCAAUUCAUCCUCGCCUUGGGAAAUCGUCCCAAGGGUUCCAAAGUCGCUUAUGUUAUCUCAUUCUGCGUCUUCGCCGUCAUUCAGCUCUAUGUGAUUGUCUUAUCCAUGUACUUGGUGGUCCGGGCAUUCACAUCGAAGGACGGCACUGACAUCGUCACCAAUGAGGGCGCCAAUGAGUUCAUCAAAUCUUUCUUCGCCUCAACCGGACCGGGUAUUGUCAUCAUCGCACUGGCUGCUACCUUCGGAUUGUACUUUGUGGCCUCCUUCAUGUACAUGGAUCCUUGGCACAUGUUCACCUCCUUCUUCCAGUAUCUGCUCCUCAUGCCAUCCUUCAUCAACAUCCUCAUGAUCUAUGCUUUUAGCAAUUGGCAUGAUGUCUCAUGGGGAACCAAAGGUGCGGACAAAGCGGACGUGUUGCCUUCGGCUCAAACCAAAAAGGACGAGAAAGGCAAGGCAACCGUGGUGGAAGAGGUAGAAAGACCCCAAGCCGAUAUAGACUCUCAAUUCGAGGCCACGGUCCGACGCGCUUUGGCACCGUAUGUGCCACCGGUGGAGAAGGAAGAAAAAACCUUGGAAGACUCAUACAAGAACUUCCGAACUCGACUCGUGGCAACGUGGAUUUUUUCGAAUGCCUUGCUUUCGGUUAUCAUUACUAGUGAUAGUGUCGACAACUUCGGGUUUACUGUAAGUAUCAUUCCGCAUCUCAAUACUGGGCCCGGCUAA